CAGUCGGACGUCCACUGCGCCUCCGGUUCACUCGCUGCAGGAUCCAGACGCUCACUGGAGGAAUGUGCGGCAAAACACGGCGUUUGUUUGGAUUUCUAGAGGGGAGAACUCACUUUUAACACGUGCAAUUUCAUUCCUAGCAUGAUAGCUCCCUCCUGGAGCGGAUAAAGGUUAGAAAUGUCUCACCAGCAGCGGGUCGUCCAGCUCUCCGCCGCUUCGCUCGCCGUAGUCUUCGGGCCGGACGAGGAGAGUUUGCGCGCCGGCGGAGGGAAACUCAAUGCAAACACUACCAGUGGCCAGGAGAUUUUUGCGGACUUCAAGGCGCAAAACUUGCGCAGUUUUUGGAAUAAAAGACUCGUUAAGGCCAUUGCUGAAGUAUACUUUCAGGGAUGGAUGGAAAAUUUUGUGCUUUUCAUUCAAGGGAACGCGAACAACUUGGAGGUGCUGAGAGAAGCGUGGAUGCGCAGAGCUCUGAGGUCACCAAAGGGAUUUAUCAUUAAAGCUGUCGGUGACCUGUCCCCAGUGCAGAUGUCUCCCGUCCCCCAGUCCCAGUUCAUUCCCUUGUCAGAGGUGUUGUGCUCCGUCAUCUCAGAUAUGAACUCAUCUCAGAUCACCGUCAACCAGGAAGCACUUAUCAAUUACAUGAGCAAAGCCCACCCAGGGAUAACCAUUCCCACUCAGGACAUCCUCUACAACGCUCUCGGCACUCUGAUCAAGGAGCGCAAAAUUUACCAUACAGGCGAGGGCUACUUCAUCGUCACAGCUCAGACCUAUUUCAUCACCAACACCAUGGUCCGAGAGAAGAACUGGUGGACGUCUGGCUCAGCAGACGACCCUCCCUCACCUCCUCCCAUUACCUACCUAUUAAACAAUGAAGCCUGUAUUGAGAGCAAUCAAACGCUUCCAGUGGCGCACUGCAAGUCUUGCAGCUGUUUCCAAACAUCCACUAAUAUCGCCUCCACCACUGUAACAGCAACCGUCCCUCCCUCCACAGUCCCAGACCAGCAUUCUGUCUCUUUUUCCAUCAGUGAAUGUACAGGAAAGAGCUUGAAGUGGCCCAAACCUUUAGAUCACAAACCCACAGUGCAGCAUCAGUCCACCUCAACCGCGGCAGACUGUCAGGCGAGUGAGAUCAGCAAAACUACAGCAACUACUAAUGCCACGGGCCGCAAAGAAAAAGACAACAAACCGGGGAGGAAGUUUGGUCUCAGUUUGUUUCGGAGGAAUGGAGGUAAAAAAGAGAAACCGAAGAAGGAGUAUGCAUCAUUUUCAGCCCAGUUCCCUCCAGAGGAGUGGCCAGUAAGAGAUGAAGAGGACCUGAACAACUUACCCCGAGACCUGGAGCACGCCAUCAUCAAACGCAUCAACCCUGAACUGACUGUGGACAACUUGACGCGCCACACGGUUUUAAUGAAGAAGCUGGAGGAGAGGAGGGAAAGGGGGAUAGACAGAGUGUUGGACAGGGGUCUGGAUAAAGAUGAUAUGGGAGUAGACAAGGGGAUGUCUACUGAGGUCCUAGCAUUCUCAAAGCCAAAGCAUCAUCACUCGUCUAAGGCCGGGAAAAGAUCUGCUCAGAAGGCCUCUCGCAGUAAGAGGAGGGCCCAUUCCUCCAGAGAGAAGCCGAAGGAAAAGGAGAAGGAGAGAGUUAAGAGUAAGGCUCCCAUAUGUGCAGAUGAUUAUCCAGAGGGGGAAGAUUUGAUCCCUGCGCGGCUCAGGGUGGAAAUCCCUGUUGAUGAACCAGAUCAAGUGGAAGAAGGUGGAGCUGUUGAGGGGAAAUCUCUUUAUAAAAAACGCAUUGAAAACCCUUUCCAGGCUCAUCCAAUCAAAGAUGCUGAAGCCGUUAUUCCUGCCACCAUCAACAAAGAGAGCAGAAGACGAGAGGUGAAAGAGGGCAAGGCUUCGGGGCCGGGGAGGAAGGAUCGGACGAGUCACCGCUCCAAAUCUUGGGACCCGCAUCGAGCCAAAUUGAACGUAGCAGAUGGAGAGCACGUGGGGAAAUCCCCUACAUCUGAGGACAGGUACGACUGCGUCCACGAUAGCGGCGAUCAUCUGUUCCAAGCAGACAUGAAGAUCAACAGAGAGCUGCCACCGGACUACAGCUCAGCCUACCCACAGAGCAGCACGCUCCGGAUUGACGACAAAGUCAGACAUCAGAGGGAGGGAAACAGCUGGGAGAGAGAGGGUAAAAAUGGGCAUUUUCAGGAGGCAGAAUGUGAUCCAGACCACGGCCUAAUUAUAGAUGACAGCUUCACUAACAUCCAACAAUACUCCAAUGCCAUUCUCCCUACCCAUCCCUACGAUGCUGUGGUAAACCACUCAUACGACCAAACCCUGCCCUGGUCCAAGCCCUCUUUACAGCGCAAACACUCCCUCAGACUCUCCAACCCACAGAGGGAUGAUACUCCGAGGCCAGAGCUCUCUUCACACCAGCAGGCCUGUGAAACUACAACCACACAGGAACAACAGGAGAUAAGACACAACACUAUCAGUAACAGAGAGCAAAGGGCCUUGAGCCAGGAAGGAAGGCCAGAACUGAUGGCUGACAGUCCCACAACAGACACUGAUGGGUUUAUAGAGGACGACGAUAGACUCUAUCAGAGAGCGGAGGAGCAGGAGGAUGAGGAUGCCUGCAGCUCUUUGUGUCUGAACGAGGAGGAGAUGGUUGAUGCUGCAAAUGUGUACCGAACAGGUGUAGGGGACUACCAUGGGCACCAGCUGGUUUAUCAUGAAUCUGAGUUGCAGUAUCAGGGACCGCGCCGUCACUAUUAUAAUUCGAUACAAGAUUCAAGGGACAGCACUUUCAAGGAUCUCAUUCCCCCACUAAUGCACAGAGAAGCUUCGCUCAGCUCACCUGCAGAGACCAGCUGGAGGCUCCAUCGUCACCAUCAGAGGACUCGAUCACCAGGGACAAGAAGUGAAUCCAGCCCCAGGCAAGGCACGCUGAUCCAGGGGGAGAGAGGAGAGAUGAACCUUGAUUUAGAUUGUCCCGAACCAUCUGAAGUGGCAGACAGCAGCAUCUUCGACUACUGCCAGACCAGCGAGGUCGAAUCAGACACAGAGACUGUUCGAAAGUCAGCCGACGAGGGCGACGGUGAAUCUGCUCACUGGGUAGCGGAGGUGGAGGACGUGCAGGAGGACGUGUUCAGCGAGACGGGUGUUCUUCAAAGCCACAGAGCGGUUCUGAGCAUGCCCAGUGGAGCUAGAGGGGCAGAGAUUGGGGAAGUGGUAGAAAUGGGAGAGAACCAGAGCAUCACUGGAGACAGCGGUAUAGAUUCUCCUCGGACCCGCGUCAGUCUGGCUUCCAGUAACACCGUCAUCCUGGAGGGUCUCAAGAGAAGAGGCUUUUUACAGAACUUGGAGAAGCUGCAUUCGAAGAGCAGCACCAUCCGACCACAGAGCUCACUGCUGCAGCUGACUCCUGUCAUGAACGUAUAGCUGACAGAUCUCUUCACACAGCUCAGCAUGUGCUCGACUCUAUGCAACUGCUCAGUCAGAAACAUGUCCAAUAAGAGCAGUUUGCAAUUGGUUACCUUCAGAUACUGAUACCUAUUAAACAAGGAUCUGUGUACAAAUGUACAGUGUAUAUAAAUAUAUAUUUCAUUUUGUAAAUAAUUUUAAAGAUAAUAUGCUAUGCUGAUGUCUUUCACAGUGUGUAUUACCUGUUAAAUUCAUUUUGUAUCCUUUGUGAUGUAAAUGUACAGUGUUUCUUCCUAACCUGACUCAUUAGUUUGAAUAACAUCUCCUAGCGUCUCCUUUUUCCUUUGUCAUGUAGUAAUUACCACAAAUAAAGUUGUAUAUGUC